AUGCCGUUCCUCGCACAAGAACACGUUCCGUUGUCCAACGAGGACAUCCUGAGCUGGACUUUCGACCACGUGAAAUAUGACUGGGACGAGCCCAUGUACAUUGACGCCCUGAAGCCAGAAAGAUCGAUCUCAGCAAGACAGGCACACAAGCUCGUUCGACAACUCGCUGCUGGAUUCAAAGCUAUUGGUCUUCAAAAAGGCGAUUGUGUCUCGAUACAUUCCUUCAACGACAUUUACUAUCCGCUCUUCUUCCUCGGAGUCGUGGCAGCUGGAGGAGUAUACGCCGGAACGAAUCCUGCGUAUACGCAACACGAGCUCACCCACACGACCAAGAUCGCAAAAGUCAAAUUCGUGCUCACACAACCAUCGCUGUUGAACAACAUUCUGAAGGCGGCAGAGGACAAUGGCAUCUCAAAGAAGAAUGUAAUCAUUUUCAACCCGGAUGGACAUCAUGACCCAGGAAAGACUCCAGAGGGCUACCUGCAGUGGAAUGACCUCUUGCAACAUGGCGAGCAGGACUGGGUGCGUUUCAACGACUACGACAAGGCAUACAUGACUGGCGCUGCGAGACUGUACAGUUCGGGCACAACAGGUCUCCCAAAAGCGGCAGAGCUCUCUCAUCUGAAUCUUACAGCUCAACAUACGCUGGUCUACGAGACCAACCCCAGACCAUGGAAGGUCAAGCGUCUGCUUGCUUUGCCCAUGUUCCACGCCGCCACUGCUCCAGGUGCUUUCUGUACUCCCCUGCGAAACGGAGACAAGGCCUACGUCCUGCCUAGAUUCGACCCCGAGAACUGGUUCUGGGCACACGAAAAGUAUCAGAUCACAGACCUUGGAGUCGUCCCACCGAUAGCAGUCAUGGCAAUCAACAGCCCUCUCAACAAUAAAUACAGCCUGAAAUCGGCAAAGGUUGGCCAAUGUGGAGCAGCUCCUCUGGACAAGGCACCACAGGCUCGAAUGCAAGCGCUUCUGGACGAUGGAGCUCCUUUGACUCAAGUUUGGGGCAUGACGGAGACGAGCUGCAUAGCUACGCGACAUGCCUAUCCCGCGAAGGACAUUACCGGUAGUGUUGGCUGGCCACUGCCCAACCUGGACACAAAGCUUAUCGACGACGAUGGCAAGGACAUUAGCGGGUACGAUGUGAGAGGAGAGCUCUGCAUUCGGGGACCGACCAUCAUCAAGGGGUACUUUGAAAAUCCUGAGGCCAAUUCCAGAGAUUGGGAUAAGGACAACUACUUCCACACCGGUGACAUCGCUUGGAUAGAUCCAAAGACCAAGCUCUACUACAUCGUGGACAGGAAGAAGGAACUGAUCAAAGUGCGAGGAUUUCAAGUAGCGCCGCCGGAAGUCGAAGGUGUCCUGCUAUCUCACCCCGAUAUCGUCGACGCCGCAGUCAUCGGUGUACCAGACCCAGUAAGAGAAGGAGGAGAGCUGCCACGAGCAUACGUCACGAGACGGGAUCCAAACGGUAGCAAGCCUACAGAAGAGGACAUUGCUCAAUACAUCAAAGAGAAGCUUGCAUCAUACAAGAGACUAGAGGGUGGGGUGGUCUUUCUAGACACAAUACCAAAGAAUGCGUCGGGAAAGAUCUUGAAGCGGAUAUUACGAGACCAGGCCAAGAAAGAGAUGAGCUCGGGGAAGUCGAAGUUGUAG